UACCGUAAAUGCUGCACUGGGAAUCAGACAAAAUGGCGGUCGCCAGGAAUACUCGAUCGAAACAGCAGGUUGGGGAGUCUUUGCAACCUCCAUUUUCACUAAAGGUUCAUUUAUUCUGAAUAAUCAGGGUACCUUAAUCAAAUCAAAAGAAGAAAAACUUCAGCUUGAAAAACUCUAUAAUGACAGCAAUACUGGUAAACGACUCAAGAUACUUUCCUAACUCUGCAAUGAAAAAAAUUGUGUCUUACAAUGAACCGCAUUUAUGUUUAUUUGCUCUUCGUGAUAUCAAUCCUGGUGAAGAAAUUUUGUAUUUUUAUGGAGAGUUGGAAAUGCCAUGGUAUAAGGAGAUUAAAGCUCCUCUGGACUGCAACACUAUGGCACCUAAAAAUAAACAACCUCUUCAAAAAGGCACUAAAGCACCAGCAACCGACACGCCCAGUGAACAACCAUGCUGCUCAUCCACACCCCAGUCUGGUAGCACAGCUAAACAGUGGGCCUCUAUGGGCAAGGAAGCGCUCCUUCUACUGGCCAACUCCUUAAACAUCCACACCAGAGGGAAAUCUCUUCUGAAUAUUGUUGAGCUUUUGAUGGCUCAUUUUACCAGUGCAACACGUAUUGGAGAUAGCGACCUUCCCCAGCAACACGUGGUCACUGAAUUAUCCUCUGAUGAUGCCAAAAUCAGCAAUGCCUCUGGUGAGGAAAUUCCUUUGCACAAAACCAUACCUUCGUCUAAAGUUCACAAAGCCUCGAAUAAACGAGUCCUGUUCAAACGAAAAAAUACAACUUUUGACAAUUUAAAAAAGGACCUAUUUGAUUUUGUCCGCACGGAAAUUCGUAGCCAAGUAGAGGCUAACCAAUUAAAUCAUUUGAAUUUAACUGUACCAACCACGUCUUUGGGGCACCAUUACACUGCGCCAUCUUUGUUGUCCUCGUGCUCUUGUGUUCGGCCCGCCGGCUCUUUGGACCCAAUUCUUGAUCAAGAUGGCGCGGAUGCUGUUGCGGUUCCUCAGCCUACAGAUGAAGCUGUGCGCAUUGAGGCCCCUUUGUUGUCUUCUCACAUCCCCCAGGCCCACUGUUCUGUACCUUCGCUGCCCGCCGUACCUAAGGCUGUUUUGGAGAAAAUUAAGCGUUUGGAGUAUGUUAAUUUAGAACUACUCCUCCCACCAUCCUUAAAUUCGUCGUUUGUCCCCGAUGACGAGGGUGAGUACGACCUCAAUGUCAGAACUGCAGAUGGAGUCCCCCGACUCUCGCUAAGCAGGAAUGUCUCGGGUAGGUCUCGGAUUAAGGACUUUGCCUCCUGGUGCCUUGCAUGGAGCAACUAUCUACGUUGCCUUAUUUAUUUUUAUCCCCAUCUUGCCACACAGCUGGUCACCUAUCAAACUCUAGUCACCCAGUUUGCCAACCAAUACGUCUUCUCCGCUGUGUGUGCCUUCGACAAACUGCAUCGGCUACAGUUAGCUAAUGAUUCUCUGCAGAGAUGGGACCAGCUUGACGAUUUGCUCGUUACGCAACACUUGAGAGGGGCUCCAUUGUUAACUAAGUCAUACACCUCCUCCACCUCCACCAGAACUUCUUACGCAUGUUUUAGUUGUGGUCAGCAAGGACAUUUUGCUACGAAUUGCCCCCGGUCUUCCAGUACAGGUGGGUUAGGCCCCACGUUUCGGAAUGCUUCCCAGCAUCUUCCCGCAAGCAGCUUCCACCAGGUUCGAUUUCCAUCAACUCUCAGGGUGUGCUGGCGGUUCAAUAGAGGCAUGUCAUGUUCCAAUCCAUGUCCCUUUCCACACAAGUGCCCCCAUUGCUCUAAAAACCACCCAGGGCACCGUUGCUCAUUUAGGCCCUCUCAGCCAAGUACCCAAUAAUUUUUUUCUGAUUAAGUCCUUUGUUUUCACUCUUGUAAAUGUCUUAUUAUUGGGCAAUUUAUUAGUUUCACAUCCCAAUCGGGUCUUAGUCAACUUUAUCCUUUCUGGCUUUAGCCAUGGGUUUAAACUUGGGUACCAACAUGGACAACUUUUCCCAUCAACUUCCAACAACAAAUCCUCUAUGGAACAUGCAAGCAAGGUCGAUGAAGCUAUUUUAAAGGAGUUGAAUAGAGGGCAUACAGUUGGCCCUUUUGAUUGUCCUCCUCUUCCUAGUUUUCAUUGCUCCCCUUUGGGUGCAGCGCCUAAAAAAGAUGGUUCCAUCCGGGUAAUUUUAGACCUCUCAUCACCACAAGGAUUCUCGGUUAACGAUGGCAUUUCUAAGGACUCUUAUUCAGUUAGGGGUCAUCUACAAAAUUCGUAGCAAUUCGUAUAAAAAAAAUUCGUAUA